AUGGGCGACGACGAACACGAGUACCACUUUGACACGCUUCAGCUGCAUGCUGGACAACAAGUGGAUAGUGCAACCAAUGCUCGUGCCGUGCCUAUUUAUGCCACCACCUCUUUCACCUUCAACACUAUCGAUCACGCUCUUGCAAUAUUUGCCAACGAUGUGCAUGGCUUUGCUUAUUCAAGAUUAAGCAAUCCAACCAAUGAAGUGGCCGAAAAACGUAUUGCUGCACUGGAAAAAGGGAUUGCUGCAACGUUGGUAUCAAGUGGUCAAGCAGCUCAAUUUCUCGUUUUGGCUACCCUAUGCAAUUCUGGUGACAAUGUGGUAUCGAGCUCCAGCCUUUAUGGUGGCACCUACAAUCAGCUCAAGGUGUUGUUUCCUCGCCUUGGUAUCCAUACACACUUUGUCAAUAGCGCCGAUCCAGAGGAGUUCAAACAAAAGGUGGAUGACAGGACACGGGCAAUAUACGUCGAGAGCAUUGGUAAUCCUGCUUUUGUGGUACCUGACUUUGAAGCACUUGCCAAGGUUGCCCAUGAUGCAGGCAUUCCAUUGAUCGUUGAUAACACCUUUGGUGCUGGUGGGUAUCUUGUCAAGCCUAUUGAACAUGGUGCCGAUAUUGUCGUCCACUCGGCAACCAAAUGGAUUGGAGGCCAUGGAACAACGAUUGCUGGUGUCAUUGUUGACUCUGGUAAAUUCCCUUGGAACAAUGGCCGCUUUCCACGCUUUACUGAUCCAUCACCCGGAUACCAUGGUUUGCGAUUUUGGGAAAAAUUUGGUCCUCUUUCAUUUACUUGCUUAAUGAGGAGUGAAUACCUUCGUGAUGUGGGUGCAUGCCUUAACCCUUUUGGAGCGUUUCUUCUUCUCAAUGGCCUCGAGACUCUUUCACUUCGAGUGCAACGUACCGUUGAUAGUGCAUUGGAGCUUGCUCGUUGGUUGCAAAACCAUCCCAACGUCAAUUGGGUUAACUACCUUGGCCUUGAAGACCAUCCAUCACAUCAAACUGCCCAAAAGUAUCUUCGUCAUGGUUUCGGUGGUGUGUUGACCUUUGGUGCCAAGGGAUCUCUCAAGGCUUUCAUUGAAAAUGUGAAACUUGCUUCUCACUUGGCAAACGUCGGUGAUGCCAAAACAUUGGUGAUUGCCCCUUCUCUUACCACCCAUCAACAAUUAUCGGAUGAAGAACAAGAAGCAGGUGGUGUAACCAAAGACAUGAUCCGUGUGUCAGUCGGCAUUGAGUAUAUCGGUGAUAUCAAAUGGGACUUUGAUCAAGCUCUUAAGAUUGCGAGCCAGCAUACGUAG